AAACUCCAAAAGCUUCAAGAAGAUGGAAUUAGAGAAGGAGAACAUGAUCAAUGAAGAAACUGUAGAGAUGGCAAAGCAAAAGAAGCUUGGUGGCAUCAAAACAAUGCCUUUUAUCCUUGCAAAUGAGAUAUGUGACCGAUUUGCUGCAACUGGAUUCCAUGCCAACUUGAUAACAUACUUGACUCAACAACUCAACCUGCCAUUGGUGAAGGCAUCCAACACCCUCACCAACUUCAGUGGUGUCGCAAGUUUUAUGCCCAUUUUUGGCGCUCUUCUGGCUGAUUCUUUUGUUGGUCGCUACUGGACCAUCCUCAUCGCCUUGCUCAUUUACAUAUUGGGGAUGGUCAUCAUUACUAUCUCUGCAAUCUUGCCACAAUUUCGACCACAACAAUGUCCCACCCAAGAGAACUGCAAAGAAGCAUCACAAUCUCAACUAUGGGUGCUUUACAUCUCACUCCUCUUAACAUCCAUCGGUUUAGGAGGCACAAGGCCUUGUGUUGUUGCCUUUGCUGCAGAUCAACUCGACAUUUCCAAAUUCAAAACUCAAGCAAAAAGCUGGAAUUUUUUCAACUGGUAUUACUUUUCGUUGUCGUUGGCAAGUUUAUCUGCGCUUACGGUGAUUGUGUAUGUCCAAGAUCGAGUGAGUUGGGGUUGGGGUCUCGGGAUCCCGACUAUUGCAAUGGCCAUGGCGUUUGUAGCAUUUCUGGUAGGAUCUCCACUUUAUCAGAAAACAAAACCAGAAGGAAGUCCGUUUGUUAGAGUUACUCAGGUGAUCGUUGCUGCUGUAAAGAAGUGGCAAGUUAUGGUACCCAUAGAUGCUAAACUUCUGUAUGAGAACAAAGAGCUUGAUCACAGUAUUUCUAGGGAUGGUAGACUUGUUCAUACCGAUCACUUGAGGUGGUUUGAUAAAGCUGCCGUGAUAACCGAAGAUGACACCGUACUCGUUUCAAACUCGCCAAAACUCUGGCGGAUUGCAACGGUCCAUAGAGUCGAGGAGCUAAAAUCCAUCAUUCGAUUGUUGCCGAUCAUAUCAACAGGAAUAAUAUACGUAAUGGCGUAUUCACAUCAAAAUAGCUUCACAGUCAUGCAAGCUCGAACCAUGGAUCGCCAUCUUUCCAGCUCAUUCCAAAUACCUCCAGCCAGCAUGGCUGUCUUUGGUGUCAUCGGAACCCUUAUUUCCCUUGCAGUAUACGAUCGUUUAUUCGUCCCAUUUGCAUACCGAUUCACAAACAACCCUGCAGGCAUCACCUGUUUACAACGGAUCGGUGUAGGCUUCGUGAUAAACGUUCUAGCAACUUUCAUCGCAGCUUUUGUGGAGAUGAAAAGAAAACAAGAAGCAAAAGAUCAUAACUUGCUUGAUAAACCAACUCAUACAAUACCCAUAAGUGUUUUUUGGUUAAUUCCUCAGUACUUUCUUCAUGGUGUAGCCGAAUCGUUCUUUCAUGUCGGUAAAUUGGAGUUUCUUUACGAACAGUCAGCAGAAAGUAUGAAAAGCACAGCUUUGGCUCUAUAUUGGAUUGCGAUUGGAAUUGGACAGUAUGCGGGGACGUUAAUGGUGACGAUGGUUCAUAAGUAUACCACGAACGGAAGAGGAAGAAAUUGGCUGCCGGAUCGAAAUUUGAAUAGAGGUAAAUUGGAAGACUACUACAUGCUUAUAACUGGGAUACAAGUUCUAAACCUUGUGUAUUAUUUCCUAUGUGCCUGGUUCUAUACUUAUAAGCUGUUGGAAGACACCGUGAAAGGUGGCGAAGACGGAAAUUUAGAGUUGGUCGUAGACAAAGCAGUAAUCGAUGUAACGAAUGGUGAUGAUGGAAACGAAGGAAAAGAAUUAAAGAGUACGUAGCAAGAAGUUCUGGUAGGAUAGCGAGUUGGAUAUCCAGGUUAAUAAGGAAAAAUAAAGCUUUGCAGGAUCCAGCUACCGGCACCAUUACUUUCAGUUUGUUGUCCACAUCGAAUCCUACUCCUUCAACGUCUUCCAUUCUUGACGCAACACCACAGAUCCACCUCACUAUAACCCAAUUCUUGCUAGAGACCUCGUUGAUAUACCAUAACCCAGAUCUCGAAGAAAUGCAGACUGCAACUCUAAUGAAGUGUAUCACAACGUGUGUUUUUUGAAAUGUAUCAGGUAACGUUGCUUACGAAGUGUAUCAAAUAUGUAUGUUCGUUGUUUCGAUGGGGGUGUUAUCUUGAAAACCAUAUCUUAAGGUAUUACGGUAUGAAUCUUAAGUUUGAAA